AUGAUUGCAGAAUUGCAAAGUAACAUUGACCAGACUUUGAUGAGGGCAGAGGCCCAAAAAGAAAAAUACAAGAGAAUGUAUCCUUUUGCAAAAGAAAUAUUCGUCUCGAAAAAGAGAAGAGUGAAAGAAAAUAAAACAAAAGCUAGGAAGCGACGUCAUGAAAGAGCAGAGAAAAAUUGUGAGAGAGUGUUCUCCGCAAUCAGUCACUCAUCAUCUUAUGGUGAAGUUAUAACCUCCGAUCAUUGUAGUGUGAUAGGCCUUAACAACUUAACAAAGAGAGAUGGUAGGUGGUUAAAACUAUUAAUAAGUAAAGGUAAAUUUACAGUGGAUGCUAUUGAAACAAUCAGAGCAAACGUGUCACCAGUUGUAUUGAGCGCCAGAUGA